UUCCUGUGUCGAUUUCCCUGCAGCUCUCCGUCUACUUGUCCGGUUUCUAAGCAAAGCACACACACCCAUCACCAUCACCAUCAUGUCAUCUCCUUCCUCCUGCUCCUCUCGUCCCUCUCUUCCUUCCUCCAUUCCUCAUCUCACUCCACACAACACUCACACGCGUUAUAUAUAUACAACAAACACACUCAGGUCCAUUUCCUCCUUAUCUUGCACAUCUACACACUUGGAGAUCUAUCGACUUCAUGCACUGAUGCACAUCCCUAGCACUAGCUAGCCGCAGCUACGUGCAUCGGCAUCCGCACGCGCUCACGUACGAGAUCAAGCCAAGAGCCAAGAGGAGGCACGAACCAGCUGUGUUGGGUACGUAUCAAGCUAUAUAGCAGGGCAAUGAGGAAGCCGGAGUGCCCAGCGGCGAACAGCGGCAAUGUGGCGGCGGCGGCGAAGCUGCGGAAGGGGCUGUGGUCGCCGGAGGAGGACGAGAAGCUGGUGGCGUACAUGCUGCGGAGCGGGCAGGGGUCGUGGAGCGACGUGGCGCGCAACGCCGGGCUGCAGCGCUGCGGCAAGAGCUGCCGACUCCGGUGGAUCAACUACCUCCGGCCGGACCUCAAGCGCGGCGCCUUCUCGCCGCAGGAGGAGGAGCUCAUCGUCAGCCUCCACGCCAUCCUCGGAAACAGGUGGUCUCAGAUCGCUGCCCGGCUGCCGGGGCGCACCGACAACGAGAUCAAGAACUUCUGGAACUCCACCAUCAAGAAGCGGCUCAAGAACAGCUCGGUGGCCUCGUCCCCGGCAGCCACCGACUGCGCGUCGCCGGAGCCUAAUAACAAGCUCUCCAUCGUCGACAUCGGCGGCGCCGCCAGCUGCCCGGACCUCGCUGGCCUGGAUCAGGACGGCCACCACGCAAUGACGACAGGCUUGUGGAUGCUGGACUCAUCCUCCUCCACUUCCUCGUCGACCUCGUCAAUGCAGGGCAGGCCGCCGCCGACGAUGGCCGCGGCGGCGGCCGGGAGCUACGGCGGCCUCCUCCUCCCCCUCCCCGACCAGCUCCGCGGCACGGCGGCCGACACCCCGCCGGCGUUCUUCCACGGCCACGCGGCGCCGUUCAAGCAUCAAGUUGCCGCAUUGCAUGGUGGUUACUUUGGAAGCACCACUCAUCGCCAUGGGCUGGCAGUGGAAGGAGGAUGCUUCAUGAGAGGAUCAGCUGGCGGAGAAGGCCUCUUUGGUAAUGUGCCCCCUCUGCUAGAGCCCGCCAUGGCAGCAGCACAAGACCAAGAUCACCCAACCCUGAUAGCACCAAGUGGUAAUAACAAACCUAAAAACAACAGCAGCAACACUGAUACUACCACUACCACAACACUGAGUAACAAUGAGAGCAACAUCACAGACAACAACAACAACAACAAGGACAAGGACAACAUCAACAACAAUCAUCUGGUCUAUUGGGAUGGGGUCCACCAGCAGCAGCAGCUCCACAUGAACAUGAGCAGGAAUGUCAUGCACGGGGAGUGGGACUUGGAGGAGCUGAUGAAAGAUGUGUCAUCCUUGCCUUUCCUUGAUUUCCAAGUUGAAUGAUUGGGGAAGUGGGCCCAUGCUAGCUGCAAGCAUGAUCUCCAGCUGGCUUCCAAGGAGUAGUACGUAUAUGCGUAUAUAUACAACUAUACAUAUAUACAUACGUAUAUGGUAAGGUUAGUCUUUUUUUCCUCCUUGACAAUUAUUGUUCUUGUUCCCACCAAUGUAAAAGAUUUUCUCUUCUCACACCUACUUCACCUCACUUUUGGUGCUACAUAUCUUGAAAUUCAUCCUUCCUUGUAUACAGAGACAUUCAUGUCAUGCAAAUAAUUAAGGCAAAUCCUGAGUUAUACUAUGUU